CGGGUUGUGGGGCCGCGGGCAACCGGGGGACGGCUGCCGCGUUACCACAACCGAGGCGCGCCCUGCCUGCGUCGCCGUGGCACCCGCCACCGCGCCGGGCCCGGCCCACGUUACAAUCGCGAUUAUAAAGGCGGCGCGAACGCGGUGCCGCCUAGAGCAGCGGGCCCGGGCCGGCGGUACCAGCUCCCCGCCCCCUCGCGCCGCCCGCCCGUGGAGGGCUGCCGGAGGGACGGGGGCGCCGCCCGCCCGCGGAGGGCUCCCAGAGGGACGGGGGAAACAGCACAGCCCAUCGCAACCCCGGGAGCGAGCUGACAGCCGGCCAUGGCCGACGGCUUGAGGAGGCUGGUCGGCGCGGAGAGCGGCCGGGUGCUGCAGGAGAAGCUGGAGAGCUGGUACCGGGACUACGAGAUUAAUUCCUGUGAUCAGAAUCUGAACCGAUGCUGCGAAAUAAUAGAAUUGAACUCUCAGAUUCAAGGGCAGCUCUUCACAAUCCUCAAUGAAACAUCUCGAGAAGGCGGGCAUUAUGCAGGUGUAGAAACAAUAAAAACUCGUCUCCUGCCAUGGCUAGGGACUUGUUUUUCCUGUGCUACUUCAGGAAGGCUCUUUGAAACCAACCUCUCUCUCUCUCAGGAUUCAAUUGAGAAAGAGAGGCAGCUGAGAGAGCUAGCCAGCAAUCAGACUUUUCAGCUGCAAGAGCUGCAGGAAGAACUGACUUCAACUCGUCUACAGCUCAACCAUGUGCAACAAGAUCUGGCAAAAACCCAGUUGGCUCUUGAAGACACAAAGACCAAAUCAGCCACCACUCUUUUGGCAGCAGAAGAUGAAAUUGUUCAGCUAAAAGCAGCUCUGAAGACUUCCCGUGCCCAAGAGAAGGAUGCCCUGAGGAAGUUAGAUCGUCUGAAUGACUAUGAGCAGCAGAUUCAAAUACUGCGGGAUGAGAUUUCUAUCCUGGAUGCCCAAAAGUCGGUUCUCCAGAGCAGGCUUGCACGGAGCCGCUCUCCUUCCCCAAGGCACACUGAGAGCAAGUCACCUAGUCCACUUCCCCUGAGAAGCUGCUCACCCGGCCGAGCCAGGCGUACAAAUGCUUCACGUCGCACCUGCCUGGUAGCUCGCUUUGGUGACAUUUAUGCUCAAGAACGCUUGGAUGCAGAGACACUUUUGAGAACAUACAUCAGUGAUGUGGAAAUGGUGCAGAGGAUAAUAUACAUUGCAGCUGUGGAGUCUUUUCAUGCAGCAAAGAUGGCCUACAGGCAGUUCAAAAUACGUGUAAGAGAGACUCUGUCUCUAGGUCACUCGGGGCCUGAGUCAUUGGAAGACACUGUCCUGGAUUAUAUAGUUCGCCAUGAGGAUCUGUAUGACGUUCAAGCCAGUGUCAAUGAAGUAAUUCGCUCCAUGAACAUCAACCCAAAGAUUUCAUUUCCACCGGAAAUUGAUUUCAUUGUGAUCAGCACUUUGAUUCGAGAGUUGUGCCGUGUGGCUUUUUCAAUGCAGACACUCGUUCCUCCUCUUGAUAUUGCCUUUGGUACUGAUGGAGAACUUUUCAGUGAGACCAAGUACCAUCGUAGUUUUGACUCUGAUUUCACAGCUGCCUUGGUGGCCUAUCAUGUAUGGCCUGCUCUGAUGGAAAAUGAUGUUGUAAUUGCGAAGGGAGAAGCAGUCACAAAAAGAGGAGCUCUGUGGUCUCGCAGAAGUAGAAGUAGAAGCAGAAGCCGCAGCCGUAGCACCAGUCCUCUUCUAUCUCAUCAUUUGUCUCGAAGCCGCAGUCCUUCACCACUGAGGAGCGGAAGCCCAAGGCGUUAAGUGAACAUCUUCCCGUGAUUGAGUACAUCCAGAUCCAACAACUGGUGCCUUUUCUCUUCAAGAAUACCUCAAGUCUCGCAAUAAUGUGAAUGAAAAUUGUCACUCCAAAUGGAGUUUGUGUUCAGUGUGGGUUUUAGAAUUAUAGAAGGCUUAUUUAUAAUUUUAGAAACUAAUUCAACCCUUCUGACUUAAGAUAAAGUGCAUGCAAUACAGGAUCAUACUCAUUAGCAAAAUUUGCAGAGCAUUGAGGAACCAUGCUGUAAUCCUGCAGAUAGAGAGAUAGAAUUAUAGUGUCUAGAAUUUUUUCCAGAGAUACCAAAUGAUGCAGUUUAUCUUGACAAGAUACUUAAUGUAACCUAAAUGGUGAAUGUUGCAGAAUGUUGAGGUUAGCUGUUACUUGAAAACAAUUACAUUUAUCGGUGCUUACUUACAAUUUUAGAAAAUAGCAAUAAUCUUAGGACGUGCCAGUCUCACACAGCAUCCCUUUACAUACCUCCUUGCGGGAAACUGAAUUUUCUAACUACAAUGCAAAAGUUGCACGGAACAGUCAUAAACUACCACUAAUCCAGCAAGCCCCAGUGCUUUAUUGACAUUUACUUAUGAAACAUGGAUGUGUGCUUUAGUAAAGCAAUAAUAGUCCUUGUUAAAUUCAUUGUUACUUAGAAAUGAAAAUCAUAAAUUGUAGUUUGGAACUUAAUGUAUUUUGAAAGUCAGCCACUGACUAUUUGUAGGCUUGAAAUAUUUGCUUGAGGUGAUCUAUUGGUAUCACUUUUAAUGGGCUUUCAUACUAGACUGAUAGAUUAGUAAUUCUUGUGAACACAGUGAAAAAAACCUGUCCAGUUAUCUCUUACUGUGGGAUUUUAUUACGUUUUAAGUGUAAAAAUUAGAGACCUGACGAGAUUUUAUUCUGUCCCUUUAAAUAGUCUGUUCCUUUGUAAAUGCUUAUUUUAAUACCAACAUUUUUGUUUUUGAGAACUGAACCUCAUCUGUAGGGCCAGCCUUAAAUACAAGCCACACAGGCGACUGCUUGGGGCCUUGUGCUUUUACAUCCAAACAUAAGAUUUGUCAUAAUGGAGCUGAUAUGUAAUUCACCAAUCCAACUGUCUCAUUCCAGUCAAUACCUGAUGCUUCAAAGGUAUGUGGAGCUUCCCCCAAAUUAAUCUGCACAAUUUUGGAAUAUAAACAAUCAGAAGGAGGAAAAAUUCCUUUCUUUCUCCUCUUUUAAUCUGCCUAUGCCCUGGAACAUGACACUUCUUUAGUACUACUGUAAUAACAUGAGCAAAAUAUUUUUAUUAGUUCUGAAACUAUUUAGUCCUUAAAUUACGUUAUAGGAGCAGAUUUUGUCAUCCCUUUCCAGGGAUCUUAUGUGGAUUUACACAUCCAUGCUCUUUCUCUCUACUUCUUGUGUGGCUUAAGACUUUGGCACAAGGCUUUUUGCCUGACAUCUGAUCCUGUGCUGGACUUCAGCAUUGGUCCCCAUCAGCCAUGGAUCAGCUGUGACUCUAGUUCUACAGGUAUAUUUUCAUUGGAAUUAGGCCCAUUAGUAACCAAAGAGAGCAAAAUGAUGUCCUGUACAUACAGAGUCAUGCAGAGUGCCCUUCUGAAUGAACUAAGGGGACACAAAGGCACAUGCACAUAUGCGGUGCACUUGUUACCUAAGAAAGUCACAAGAGAAAAUGCAAAACAAUUUAUUUCCUCUUCUAAUGAGCCUGAUUGUUGGUCACAGCUAUGGAUCUGAGCUUGAAGUAAAACUGCAUGUUUCUGCACUGAUCUCAUGACUAAAACCACCACAGUUCUGGAAAAACUGAGUACCUGCAACUUGUGUGGCAACAGAAGACAAUUAGAUAUCCUGAGUAUGAUUUUGAGCAGAAAAAUGAAAAAUUUCUCAAAAUCUUGUAAUUACCAAGGGCUAAGGAGAUGUGUUUUUUUUAAAAAAAAAAUUAGGUGUUGUAUGUUUGUCUUCUGCAUGUAAUUACCAAGACAUGUCUGUGUUAUGAUUUUGAGUUAAAGUAAGUUUCCAUACCAACUGUGAGAAAACUAAGACUACAUCAAGGAAGUAUGUUUUUCUUGACAAGUGCGAGAGGCAGGGUAGUUCCAGACUUGCAUGUACCUGUGAUGCCACUAGGAACUAGUAUUCCCAAAGAUCUAAAAUUGCCAUAAAAGACAAACUUACAGUGCUUGGUGGACCAUCUCAUCUUACUCCCCCAGAACGUACCUAGAGAACUAGUUAGUCUCAAAGUAAAAGAGAAAACUAAUGAAAUGACAGCCAAUGACUUGUUUUGGUAGUGAAGAAAGCAGCUCUAAGAUUUUUUUUUUUUUUUUUUUUGCGUAAUGUUUUGGAGGAGAGCAAACAGUAUUCAGCAAAAUAGGAAGUCAGUCCACAGCAUGGUAACGCUUAAUCAGUGAAACAAACCUUGCUCUUCUCAGUUGUACUCUGCAACCCAUAGUCUUUUUAUAGGAAUAUACUGUUUCAUACUGGUUGGCUGCACAGCUUGCUUAUAGCCACUGAAAUCUAUAGGUCAUAUAGAAGAUUGCUUUUGGUGUGAAGUUAGGCAUUAGCAGCUCCUUGUGCUUCUUUUUAUUCACAUGACAACAGUGUAGAGAAUGCAUAGCAAUAAAGAUUACAUGGAAUGAACCAGCAAAUGCAAAAGAACCUAUAAAAAGGGACUUCUGUAAUUGCUUGUAAGACCCUAUGAAAGAACGGAUCAUGAAUAUGAAAUUGAUGACUUGAUAUUUUAAUAAGAGGUUUUAAAAUCUUAAGUAAGAUUUUUUUUUUAUUUUCUUUUUUUCUCUAAAUCACAAGCCUGGAUAAUGCCACAUUUGUAAAUACAGCAAAUUAGGAACAGUAAGGGUGGAUUCUAAUAAGUGACAAAUACAAAAAAGCCAGUAAGGCUUCUAUUACAAGAUAUUUUUAGAACAGUAUGAUCAUGAUCAAAGUGUCAAUACGAGGAAAAAGAAGGCUAGAUUUUGAGCUAAUUUAAACUCUUUGCAUAUGGACUGAUGGAAGUGAGACUGCAUGUGAUAUAAAAAAGCACCACCUUUGGGCCAAGGUGUUCAUGUAGAACAGCACAUUUGUGAGGAAUUUUGAGGCUGCUGGAGAAUUUCUCCUGCAUGUCAGCUCUUUGAAGGCUGGUUAUGUCUGUCUCAAUUCAAAGGCUGUCCUGGAGUCAGUCUAAACCUGUGGAUGUUUUAGCACUUAUUUUUUGGAAAAUCCAAUGUCAUCAAAAUAUCUUCAGUCUUCCUUCUUCAAUGUUUGCAGCUCAGUAACAUGAAGUAGAGACUCAUGCAGAGCUGGCAGAUACUGAGGGUAAAUGACUUAGCUGAAUUUGCUACUGCACAAUGAAGAUUUAAAUUCAGAGAUUAUCUUAGAUUCUCCCAACAUCCUGACAGGAGAAAGAAAGUUGGGAGCAGGAGGUUGGUGGAGUCCUCCCAUGUAAUCUUGCUGGCAGUGAGCUGUGGUGCUGAUUCAGUCUUGUAGGAGGCUCUGGAGAUGAGCGGUAAGUUAAAGCAAAAAAACUCUACAGCCUGAAGAAAAUAAGUGCGAAGGCCAAAAAUUAUCAAAAUGCUCCCUGGAAACCAUGCCUGUACAUCCUCCAGGAUUUGAGCUUUUUAACUUCACUUUUGUAUUGCAUGUAUGUACUGCAAAAGUUUGUCAUCCUGUAGAAGUGCCAUCAGAAUUAAAUACUGUCUUUCAGCUUUAUGUAACCUUUGUCAGCUGUUUUUGAUUGGUGUUAACUACACAAUGAUUUUCUCACUGUAGCAUUAAAUAGUGUAGCUUUGUAUUAAAGAAAUGAAAAUGUGUUUGUUAUGGCUUGCAGCUACAUUAGCAUGUGUUCAGAUUGAAUGUUUUAAGUUUCAAGACUAUUGUAUUUCUUUUAGUCAUGCAGCAUACAAAGCAAGUAUACUAAAGAAAUGUACAUUUCAUUUUAUGCAACUUUUUCAUAGUUUAAAACAACAUGUGUAAGCAAAUCUGUCACAGGCUCUUGCUGAUAUACAGGUGUGUUGUUUAUGUGGAAGCUGUACCUUUCACUCAGUAGAUGGAGAACAAACAUAGAGCACUUGGUAUCAUUUUACUGUUAGCAGACAAAGGCAUGGACAGAAAUUAGGUGGGUGGUGUAUUUAUACUUAUGGCUUUGAGAAGGCAGCACUUCUGCCUUGUAAAAACACAGUUCUCAAAAUAAUGUUACCCGCUUGAAAGUAAAGUGUCAGCAUAAAGAUGCUGUUUACCACCAUUAGUAUUGCUUCCUGUGAAAUUGUUUUUUCCUGAAGGGCUUUGGCCUGCAUUCAAAGUUCUCUGUUUAAAAACAAAACAAAAAAUGCAUAAAGAAAGAUCAUGUUAGGCUAAUUCCUUCUCUUCACAGUAGCUGGCACUUAGCCUUUUACACUAGAGGAAUAUAAUCUGUCAUCACAAGCAGUUUUACCUUCAGUGAAAACCUGUCUCUAUGUUGGUGAUAUGUACACCCCCAAACAACAUGGAUAGGACAAACAAUUAUUAUUUGGAAGCAUCAUCCUCUAUUCACAAAAAACAUUUUGCCCUACAAACUUUUAUACGGUUUGCUCUUUUUAUGGCUGACUCAUUUUAGAUAAUCAAAAAAUAAAGAGAGUUUUAAAAAAGUGA